CUAGAUUGCCAAAAGCCAAAAGUCCCACAUCAGUUCUCGAUUAUUUCUCAGUUUUGUUGUAGUGUGUCGAAUUAUUCCGAUUUUCGAAAUACGAAUGAUCUACCAAAUAAACUAUUUCCGUGCGAAUUGUUGUUUGCCAUAACAGUGUGUUUAAAACUAGUGUGGAAACUGAUAUUGAUUAGAAAGUUUUUGUAGCCAUUUUGUGUUACCGCUUUCAUAAUUUAAAAUGUCACAAAAGCAAAAUUCUAAUUUUCCAGAUGCGCCUGGAAAAGUAACCGAUGACGACAAUUGUGGAUUAUACGAGUCUUCCAGGACAGACAGUGGUUUUAUUUCAAGUGGAAAUUUAUUAGUGUCUGGUGAAAUUGUAUCAGAAGAAAUACAAUCCGUAUCAGGGAUUCCUGAAAAUACGAGUAGCAGACCACUUACUUUGGGAGUUGUAGAAGAAAAAGAAAAAGAUACAGAUUACAUGCGGCUCGAUAGUGGAGUCUGUCUCUCUGAAAGUUUUUCUAAUCUAAAUAUUAAACAGGGUUUUAAUGAUUUAAAUUGUCCAAAAAUUAAACAAACACCUGUUGAAUCGUAUAUUAAAUCCGAUUUACAAAAACAAGUACCUGUUGUAAAAGUUUCUGAUGACAUCCCUUGGAAGAUAUAUUACGAACAAGACGAUGAUGGAGAUACGCAUCUCCACACUGCGAUAGUAGAAGGGUUUGUAGAGGUUGCUUUGGCAUUAAUAAGGGCAGCCCCUCAUCCCAGACUUUUGGAUACACCGAACGAUGAUGCGCAAACGCCGUUACAUCUUGCCGUUGAAACAGCUCAAUGGAGGAUAGCUCGGUGGCUUGUGGUAGCCGGAGCCAGACCCUGUCCGAGGGAUCUACAAGGCGAUUCUCCUCUGCAUAUCGCUGCUCGAGCCGGAGACGUUAAGAGUAUUAAAGCUAUUGCUGACCCGGUACAACAACAAGAAAGAGAUGCUCUCGCUCUCAGCUAUCAAGGUCACAUGUAUCAGCCCUGUGACUUGGAUCAAUGGAAUUAUCUAGGUCAAACCUGUGCACAUGUUGCGGCUUUACAUGGACAUGUUGAAGUGCUGAGACAUCUAGUAUGGUAUGGUGUAGAUAUCAAUGCCAGGGAAGGAUGUAUGGGAUAUACAGCUUUACAUUAUGCUGUUGAACGGAGAGAUGAGGCAACAGUGCAGUUUUUGCUACACUGUGAAAAACUUAAUGUAGAAGUAGAAACAUAUGGUGGUCGAAAUGCACUUGAAAUUAACCGUAUCAUUCCUCCCAGUAUAAGUCAAGCAUUAAGAAAGAGAGGAGUACCAUCACCCUAUUCCAGUGAUGAUUCUGAUGAUGAAAUUGACAUUGAGGACAGCGGGGAUGAAUUAACACAAAACAGUCGCAUGUUUUCUGUUCCAAUGGUAAAUGCUAGUGCCUAAGUGAAACCAAAUAAAAAGCCUACAAUAGAGAUCAGACA